GCUCUUUCCGCAUUUCACACUCUUGGGUGAUGCUGCGGCGCUUCCGCUUUCAUAUUUCCGUACACAAUCUCCCGGGCGAUGACGUGUACACACUACUCCUGUUAGCUAGCCUGCUAGCUUAGACACUUGUCAGAAUAAAGACGUUAGAUGAAAUAAAGCCGAGUGAGGAAGCGCGUGACGCGAAGUGGCUGAGAUGGAAACGCUUUACCACCAGACAAACAAGCAAAUCCAGGAGGUCCAGUCUCUGAUGGGAAACCUGGAGAGGACAGACCGUCAGUCAGUGCACUUAUUAGAGAAUGAACUGCAGGCCAGAAUCGACCAGAUCUUCACCCAGUUAGAACGUCUGGAGAUUGUGGCCAGCAAGGAGCCACCAAACCGCCGCCAGAACGCCAAGUUGCGAGUGGAUCAGCUUAAGUACGAUGUUCAGCACCUUCGGAGCGCCCUACAGAAUUUCCAGCAUCGCCGCUACGCCAAAGAAGCCCAGGAGAGGGAGAGAGAGGAGCUGAUGAGCCGGACCUUCACCACCAACGAUGCCGACACCUCCAUCCCCAUAGACGAGACCCUACAGUUCAACUCCAAUUUGCACAACGCACACAGAGGCAUGGACGAUCUCCUUGGCAGCGGCAGCACCAUGCUCAACACCCUCAGAGAUCAAAGGUCCACACUGAAGGGGACCCAUAAGAAGAUGCUGGACGUGGCCAACAUGUUAGGUCUGUCUAACACAGUGAUGAGACUGAUAGAGAGACGAGCGACGCAGGACAAGUUCAUCAUGAUUGGCGGCAUGUUGCUGACCUGUGUCUUCAUGUUCCUGGUCAUCAGAUACCUGGCUUGACCCCUGUUCUCCUGCAGCACAUCUCCCCUCGUCAUACGAAAAGUGGUGGAGCUGAAUUUUUUAAAAAGCAGAUCUUUUUAAAAGAAAUUGUGCCAGGGUAAUUUGCCAUUUGAAAUAUUUUUAGGCACGUGAAAAAUGACAGUAUUUUAUUCAAGCUCCAAAGGAACGUUCUGCUGCACAUUCAUUCAACUUUUUCCCUCCAUCAAAACCACUGAACUGUAAAUGGCUUGUGACUGAACUCUAACAGCUUCUUACAGUACUUACCUUUGUUCUGAUUCUGCUUUUGCUUCCAGUGGAAAAAUUCUUUGUCUACAAGUUUGUAAUAGACACUUUAGUUUGUUAAGCAUGUUUCAAUACAGAAAUGGGAAAUAUUCAUAAAGCUCCAUGUUAUUGGUAUUAGUAUGUAUGAGUAGGCUUGUUUUCUGUUUACUGUAGUCACUAAUUCCACAGCUGAGACUAAUGCUCCUGUACAACAAUUCUGAAUGAGUCAUGGCUCAAUGAAUAUGAUUUGCUUUUGCCUUGUUCAAACUGUGUUACAUGAAUUGUUUUAGGCCCCAUUGGUUCCAACUGGGUGUACUUAAUAAACUGGUAACUGAGCCUGCUUCCAGUAUGAGACAUGGGAUGAACAGGAAACGUCUGUGCAUUUGUUACUUGAAACGCGGUUCUAGUCUCACUGUGUGAGUGAUUUAAUUACCUGAAUAGAAUAAAACAUGUCUCAUUGUC